AUGAAGGCCUCAGUCAUCCUAGCCACCCUCCUCACCACCUCCGCCUGGGCUGGCACCCUCCCCACCAAGCGCCAAAACGCCGCCAACGAAGCCGCUCUGCAGCAAGCCCGCGAAGAAUCCGCCGCAGCCAUCGAGCGCGGUCAAGGCCGAGGCCGACUUCUUCUCGACGAGGGAAACUGCAGUGAGGCUUGUAACCGCUGCCGUCUUUCGGCUACUACUACCGCUGUAGCUGAGGUAUUUGCUUGUGGUACGGCUGCCGUUGCUGUGGACGUUUUGACCGCUGGCGCUGCGGUUUUUCUUGAAGCUGCAGGGUUUGUGUUCUGUGAGGCUGCGGUUAUUACUAAACUGAAUGAGAAGGAGGAGACUUGUCUCAAGGAGUAG